CGCCCCCGCCGCCCCGCGCACCCAACUCCGCCGGCCGCCCCGCCCCGCGCGCUCGCAGACCCCCGGGGCGGCUGCCGGGAGAGAUGCUGCAAGAAACUUCUUAAAUGACCGCGUCCGGCUGGCCGUGGAGCGCUUCUGGGUUGGGGAGAGGAAAGGAAAGUGGAAAAAAACUGAGAACUUCCUGAUCUCUCUCGCUGUGAGACAUGUCUGAGACUCCUGCUCAGUGUAGCAUUAAGCAGGAACGAAUUUCAUAUACACCUCCCGAGAGCCCGGUGCCGAGUUACGCUUCCUCGACUCCACUUCAUGUUCCAGUGCCCCGAGCGCUCAGGAUGGAGGACGACUCGAUCCGUCUGCCCGCGCACCUGCGCUUGCAGCCAAUUUACUGGAGCAGGGAUGACGUAGCCCAGUGGCUCAAGUGGGCUGAAAAUGAGUUUUCUUUAAGGCCAAUUGACAGCAACACGUUUGAAAUGAAUGGCAAAGCUCUCCUGCUGCUGACCAAAGAGGACUUUCGCUAUCGAUCUCCUCAUUCAGGUGAUGUGCUCUAUGAACUCCUUCAGCAUAUUCUGAAGCAGAGAAAACCUCGGAUUCUUUUUUCACCGUUCUUCCAUCCUGGAAACUCUAUACACACACAGCCAGAAGUCAUCCUGCAUCAGAACCAUGAAGAAGAUAAUUGUGUCCAGAGGACCCCAAGGCCACCAGUGGAGAACGUGCACCACAACCCCCCCACCAUUGAACUGUUGCACCGGUCUAGAUCACCUGUCACAGCCAAUCACCGGCCUUCUCCCGACCCUGAGCAGCAGCCCCUCCGGUCCCCCCUGGACAACAUGAUCCGCCGCCUCUCCCCGGCCGAGAGGGCCCAGGGGCCGAGGCUCCACCAGGAGAACAACCACCAGGAGUCCUACCCCCUGUCAGUGUCUCCCAUGGAGAAUAACCACUGCCCUCCGUCCUCCGAGCCCCACCAGAAGCCAUCGAGCCCCCGGCAGGAGAGCACCCGCGUGAUCCAGCUGAUGCCCAGUCCCAUCAUGCACCCUUUGAUCCUGAACCCCCGGCACUCCGUGGAUUUCAAACAGUCCAGGCUCUCCGAGGACGGGCUGCAUAGGGAAGGGAAGCCCAUCAACCUCUCCCAUCGGGAAGACCUGGCGUACAUGAAUCACAUCAUGGUGUCUGUCUCCCCACCCGAGGAGCACGCCAUGCCCAUUGGGAGAAUAGCAGACUGUAGACUGCUUUGGGAUUACGUCUAUCAGUUGCUUUCUGACAGCCGGUACGAAAACUUCAUCCGAUGGGAGGACAAAGAAUCCAAAAUAUUCCGGAUAGUGGAUCCCAAUGGACUGGCUCGACUAUGGGGAAACCAUAAGAACAGAACAAACAUGACCUAUGAGAAAAUGUCCAGAGCCCUGCGCCACUACUACAAACUAAACAUUAUCAGGAAGGAGCCCGGACAAAGGCUUUUGUUCAGGUUUAUGAAAACCCCCGAUGAAAUCAUGAGUGGCCGAACGGACCGUCUGGAGCACCUUGAGUCCCAGGAGCUGGAUGAACAAAUAUACCAAGAAGACGAGUGCUGAGGGAACCAAGCCACGGCUUCCGCAGGGGGGUCAGCAGCCGGGGGCCCCCUGCCCAUGAGGGCCCUGGAGGCGUGGCGAGCAGGCGGACUGCAAGCUGAACCGGAAGAGACCUGGAAGUGGGAGUGACACUUGUCUCGCAUAGUGCGAGGGCCCCCAGAGCACCUUAGACAAACCACCCAGUGAAGGCGGGGCUGGAAUUCUGGCCGAGGGCACGAGCCUGGGACUCCUGGUUCCGUUUCCUCCUCUUGUGGAACCUCUCCAUCUGUAAUUCCUCACCCUCACCCAUCCACCUAUUGUUAGUUUCAUGGUGUUUUCGUUUUUGUUUUUUGGGGGGUUUUUUUGUUUUUUUUUUUUUAAGACCAUGCAGUUUGACUUUUCAUCAUUCAUACAGGGGAAGACAUCCGAGGUUGUUUUCCUAUGGAAAUAUAUAUCUAUUAUAUAUAUCUAUUUUUUGCAAAUCUCACAAAGUGCGGCAAGCCCAGCUGGUCAGGAAAGAGAACACUUGCAAAGGGUUUCAGGUUCCUCUUUAUCCUGCCAUGUGGAUCAGGUUUGUUCCUGUUGCUGUUGGGUCUUGGCUGGAAAAAAAAAAAAAAAAAAAGAUGCUUUUAAAAAAGAUAAAGUGAAAAGGAGAGCUCUCUUUUUCUCCCUCUCGCCCUUUCCUUCCCUGCCUCCCGUCUGUCCUCCCUCCCCGCCUGCUCUUGAGCUUCAGAUGCCUUUUAGCAGAGUUGAGCCUCUCGGAGAGUCUUGAGCAUUGUUGACACCCAGACGGCAUCAGUGGUCUGGGCGCUUUGCAGCCGGCACCGCAAAAUCAAACCCACAUCCCGGCAUCUGGCUACCCAUCGGAGGGAGGCCCCAAACCUCACAGGUGCUGCGGUCCUCCAGAAAGAAAUGCCAGUCCAGCGGGCUGCCCCUGCCCCCCACAUGGCUGUGAGAACCCCAGGACUUGGUGGUUCUGCAGGAUGGAAGAUUAAGGACAGAAGGCGGGUCUGCGUCAUUCGGAAGGCCCCAGCAUCAUGGGAUUAGCUUGCAAGUUCCGCAAGGUGGAAAAUACGAAAGGACCCCACGGGCCUGAUGGUCAGAAACUAGGUGGAAAAUGUGCUGCAGGAGGGAUUUAUGCUUCCAGCGGAGGUGACUAAGGCUAGUGAGGGAGAAGGUCUUCUCUGCUCCGUCCCGAGGCCAUUUUGUGGUCAGUUUCAUGCCCUCACCUGAUUUUUUUUUUUCCCCCAAUUCCUAGCCUUUCUUUUUAAGUUUCCUGGUCCCCACAGGACCCAGGGCAUUUGAGAGGAGAGGACCCUGGAGUACACAGUCACUUGCUCCUGGUGUUUGCCAAGCCAGGGCAAACAGGAAACUCCUCAGAUUCAUUACCUGUUUCUUCUUCUUUCAUAGCUGUGUUUCAGAACGGACCCGUUUGUGGCUCUUUUACACCUCAAAAUCAGGUCCAUAGUAUCUUGUAAAAUGAGGAAGUGCCACCUCUUAGUACUUUUGAUGAUAACAGAUAUUUUUAGAAAGCUGUUUUAGGGUUUGUUUGGUUUUUUCCUUUUCUAGCCACCUGAAUUGACUCUCCCAUUCCCAGGUUCAGAAUCCAGUAUUAGGACAGUCUUUUUUAAUCCAAGAGAUUAGACCUGCCUUACAAAGCACCCCCUCCUUGUUUCUCUGUUUCCUCUACUCGCUCGGGUGAACAUCUCAUAGCUCCCAGCAUCACCAUCAGCAGCACUUAGGGGGAGGCUGCCAGAGCCCUGGGUAGCUCCUCAAGCCACUUCUGACCGCGUCAGGCAGGUGGGGGUUGGAGCAACACAGGCAGGAGGAAUUGUCCUUACUGACAAGGACACCAGCCUGCGGGGAGGGAAGGGCAGAUUGACUGUGGGUCAAGGACAGCGGAAUCAGGGAGCCCUUCAAAGCUUUUCAGUUGUGCUCCGUUCCUGCCUCUAAUCAGACCGCAGAUAGACACAUGGAUGUGGCCAGCCUCUUCUGCUGUCAGGCGCUCCCCCAACUCUACCUUCCAGAAGGUUGGGCUUGCGGUCAGGUCAACGACCUGCUGUGUGAGGCUGGAGGGUCCAUUGAUGAAGGAAGGGUUUGGUCUCAGUCUGCUUGAGUGGUGGUGAAAUUGAGCUGGACCCCAGCAUGCUACAGAUGUCUUUCAGGAGCCAUCGACAGCAUGCAGGGAUACAUUCUCCAGCCUCUAAGAUGACUGAUAUUGGAUCAUAACUGGAGAUCUUAAGCCAAGUACCGGGUGUGUUGUGAAGGCCGUUGAAUUUAAGGGCUGAAGAGAAAGGGUGGAUUUUGACUGAGGCCCUUUGUGUGACUAUGAAAUCAGAGACAGGGCAUGAUGUGGCUCUUAGAUUAGAACAUCUCAUUCUGUUCACUUUACCCAGAUAGAAGGGCUCAGGCUCUUACUGUUCAAAGAAUAUUACAGUUGAAUUAUGGAGGGAAAUUCCCUUUGGCCCCAAGGACUUCUGUAUUUAAGGCAAUACCCUGCAAGAAUAUGUAAGAUAGGAUGACACCUUCAGCCACUUGAAGAAAAGAAGGUGCUAAUUCCAAUAUGAUCUUUAUUUCCGACCCAGAUAUUACCGAUAAGAAUUUCCUGUUGAUUCCCUUAAAGGCAAAAGUCCUCCUCAUUUAUGCUUUGAGCUAACACCUGGGCAGUGCUGACACCAGAGAUACGGUGCUUACACACUGCAGACCCCAGAGAUACCUGCUUCAGCUCAGCAAACUUGGCUGAAGCACCUGCUAGACACUGUGAGGGAUUCAAAGAGGAAUUGGGCACAGCCCCUGCCCUCCCGAGAGCAUCUGCUAAACCUGUAGAAUCUAUCCAGGCUGAAAUUCUUAACUUCAACACUAAGUGCUGGGGAGGAUGGCACGUUCACCUGGGACCACAUGAAAAGCAUGUCUGUGAUCUGAAUAGUUGGCCUUUCCCUGCUGCUGUCAUGGGAUUCCUUGGCUUAGAUCAGAAAUCAGGAAAGGAGAAUGCAGAAGAGCACCGUGGAGCGGGGAGAGCUUCCUUCAGCUAUGUCUGGGGGGGGGGGGGGUGUCGCUCUCGCUUGAUCUCCAGCUAGAAAUUCUCUAGCACCUUCUCUUGCCUGCAUCUUGGGUUCACUGCAUUGCCUCCUCUCCAUCAGAGGAAAGCAGUGGCGAUUGGCUGCACUGGCCAUGUGGAGGGAACAGUCUUUUUGUCCCAAGGCAACUUGAUCUCUGGCCUAAGGCAGCGUCACCAAAGUCCUGAGUCCUUCCUUUCUUUCUUUCUUUUCUUCUGACAGACUGAUGGAUUUUCUCCGCUCAACAGUGUGUUUGGAACCCUCUGACCCAGGGUCUUUUUACGCUGAUAUCUUGCCCAAAUAAGAAUGUAGCUUUAGCUAAAACUUCAAUGGCGAUGACAGGAUUCACCUAAAUGACUAAGUAACCACUGUUUCCACCUUUCACUGUCUAGGCUCCAACUCUGAAUACAUUUUUGAAACGUUCACUCCCUUCUGCAGAAGGGAGACCUGAGUGUCCAGGAGGUAGGAUGAUGCCCUGGGAGCAGAUGGCAUGCCAGGGAGAGUGAGGUGUGGAAUCCAGCCUGGCCAUACCCCCAUUUGACCCAUUCCCACCCAGGAAGCUGAAGAUAAAAGAUUUGGGGCAAUACCCAAAAACAAAGGGCAGGUUUUUUUGCCCUAGCGUUCGGUGCUAGUAAGUUUUUAUCCACUCAGCCUGCUCCUCUUCUGAGCAGAAGUCUGGAAGGAAGGCAGUGAUCUAAGGAAGCCAUGGGGGGAGGGGGAUGAUAAUUCCUGCCUGUCUAAAAACCACAGAAGACUAACCUGAUACUCCUUUGGCCCCAUCUGCAUCAACACUAAACAACUACAAACUCCCCGAAUCUUUCACACAUGCCAAGUGAACGUUCUCGAAGAUUUCUCUUUGUGACUGCAACCACCUGCAAACCAGAACGAAUCUAGAGUUUCUUUUCCUUUUUUCUUUUUGUUUAAUUUCUAAUCUCUUGUUGUUUAUGAGGUGUGGGGUUUAUAAGGGACUGAAUCAAAUGAAUGUAACAAAAAAGAAAAAAAAAAAAAAAACAAAUGCCUUUUCUCAGGGCCAGUGAGUUGCAAAUAAUUUUUAAAGAAAAGCCUAUAAUUGCAUCAUCUCAAUAAAUUUUUU